CCUACUAUAUAUUUCGCAGAACAAAACCCUUCUAUAGUCCUCUCUUUAGCUUCUGCUUCAUAGCAGCAGCAACGGCAGCUUUAGCUCCUCUAUCUCUCCGUCUCGUUCGGAAUUUGUAGGAAAAUUUCAACUAUGCCGAAGCACUACAGACCGCCUGGGAAGAAGAAGGAGGGAAAUGCUGCGAAAUACAUCACAAGGACGAAAGCAGUCCACUACCUUCAAGUCAAUCUGUCUACUUUCAGGAGACUAUGCAUUCUCAAGGGUGUAUUUCCACGAGACCCAAAGAAGAAGGUUGAAGGGAAUCACAAGACAUAUUAUCACAUGAAGGAUAUCCUGUUCCUUGCCCACGAUCCAUUACUCGAGAAGUUCAGGGAUAUUAGGGCAUAUGACAGGAAGGUAAAGAAAGCUUUAGCAAAGAAGAAUCGGGAUCUUGCUGAUCGCCUACUGAGUCGCAAGCCGUCUUACACCCUUGAUAGGCUUAUUAGAGAGAGGUACCCAAAAUUCAUUGAUGCACUAAGAGAUUUGGAUGAUUGUCUCACCAUGGUACACCUAUUUGCAGCAUUGCCUGCUGUUGAGAGUGAACGUAUUGCAGUGAAGCGUAUACACAAUUGUCGAAGGUUGAGCCACGAAUGGCAAGCCUACAUUUCCCGAACUCAUAAGCUGCGGAAGACCUUCAUAUCUGUCAAAGGCAUAUAUUACCAGGCUGAGGUUGAAGGCCAAAAGAUUACAUGGUUAACACCACAUGCCUUACAGCAAGUCUUGACUGAUGACGUGGACUUCAAUGUCAUGCUAACCUUUUUGGAAUUCUAUGAGACACUUCUUGCUUUUGUCAAUUUCAAGCUUUAUCAUUCCAUAAAUGUGAAGUAUCCACCUAUCCUAGAUCCUCGCUUGGAAGCUUUAGCAGCAGAGCUUUAUGCAUUAUCUAGGUAUGUUGCUGCUAAUGCAAGAGCUGCAUUGCCGGAGCCUCAGGCCAGUGGUACUGGAUCAGAGCAAUCUGAGGUUGAAAAGAAUGAAACCCAAAACGAUGAAUCUGAACUAAGACUUGCUCAACUUCAACACCAGCUUCCUGCCAAUGAACCAGGCGCCCUGAUGCACCUUGUUGAGGAUGCCUCUGGCAAGGAUGAAGAAGAAGAUAAGGAGACCAGAGAGUGCAAGACUCUCUUUAAAAAUUUGAAGUUCUUCUUGAGUCGUGAGGUCCCAAGGGAGUCAUUGCUUUUCACCAUUCCAGCUUUUGGAGGUACAGUUUCUUGGGAUGGAGAUGGUGCUCCUUUUAGAGAAGCUGAUGAAGACAUUACCCAUCAGAUUGUUGAUAGGCCGACCCAGGGUCACAUAUUUCUCUCUAGAGAAUAUGUGCAGCCCCAGUGGAUUUAUGAUUGUGUAAAUGCCCGGAUUAUUCUACCAACGGAUGCAUACACGGUUGGAAGGGUACCUCCACCGCACUUAUCACCUUUUGUCGACAAUGAGGCUGAAGGAUAUGUUCCUGAGUAUGCAGAAACAAUUAAACGGCUGCAAGCGACAGCAAAGAAGCAACUCCUUCCCAUAGACAAUCAAGAUAUGGAUGAUCCCCAGCAUCUUCUUGCUGAGGGCAUCAUUGAUCGGACCGAAGCAAGUGAAGCAGCUGAGAAGAAGCGAAAGAUGUCUAUUCUCGAGAAGCAGUACCAUGAUGAAUUGAAAAAGGAACUUCAGGGUGUCACAUAUUCAGCCACUUUAUCGAACAAGAACACAGAGAGCUUGGCUGAAGAUGCUGAAGCUAAGGUUGAUUCUCUCCUCGAUCCAGAGCAAGUUGUUGAGGAUACCCGCAACAUGUCCAAGGUUCUGAUGCCGCGUAAAAAGAGGAAGCUAUAUGAAGCAAUGCAGAUUGGCAAAGAUCGAAAACAGUCACAGGUUAAUCUUCUCAAAGAGAGGAAAAAGAAAGCAGAAGCUAGCAGCAAACAAGGAUGACCAAAUCAAUCAAAGAAA